AUGGUCGGACUUGGUCCUAAGCACCCUCCUUCCCGCAAGGGAUCCAUGCACGAUGUGCCGCAGGAUCUUCUUCAGCACGUCAAGGAGUUCGAGACCGUCUUCACUGUGGACCGUGCCAAGCUCAAGUCGAUUGUUGAUCGCUUCAUCGUUGAGCUCGAGGCUGGUCUUGCCGCUGAUGGAGCUAACAUUCCUAUGAAUGUCACCUGGGUCAUGGACUUCCCCGAUGGCAACGAACAGGGCACUUUCCUGGCCCUCGAUAUGGGCGGUACCAACCUCCGUGUUUGUGAGAUCACCUUGACCAAGCAAAAAGGUGGUUUCGAUAUCACCCAAUCUAAAUACAAAAUGCCUGAGGAGCUUAAGACCGGUACUGCCGAUGAGCUAUGGAACUACAUCGCCGAUUGCCUCGAGCAAUUCCUUCACACCCACCACGAGGGCGAGAACCUGCACAGCUUGCCUCUUGGUUUCACCUUCUCCUACCCCGCCCAACAAGACUACAUUGAUCACGGGAUCCUACAACGUUGGACUAAGGGAUUCGACAUUGACGGUGUCGAGGGCCAUGACGUCGUUCCUCCUCUGGAGGCUGUCUUGAAGAAGCGAGGCUUGCCAAUUAAGGUCGCUGCUUUGAUUAACGACACCACCGGUACCCUAAUCGCCUCUGCUUACACUGACACAGCUGUCAAGAUUGGCGCCAUCUUCGGCACUGGUGUUAACGCCGCAUACAUGGACAACGUCGGCUCCAUUCCCAAGAUUGCCCACCUAGGGCUUCCCGCCGAUAUGCCCAUCGCCAUCAACUGUGAAUACGGUGCCUUUGACAACGAGCGAAAGGUGCUCCCUUUCUCUAAAUACGAUGAGAUCAUUGACCGUGAUUCACCACGACCCGGUCAGCAGGCUUUUGAGAAGAUGACUGCUGGUCUGUACCUUGGAGAGAUUUUCCGUCUGGCUCUGUUGGAUCUCCACGAUUCCAACCCCGGUCUCAUUUUCGGCAAGCAGGACAUCUCGAAGCUGCGCAAGUCAUACUUGCUAGAUGCAUCCUUCCUCGCUGCCAUUGAAGAAGAUCCCUUUGAGAACUUGUCCGAGACUGCAGAUCUCUUGGAGAAGGAGCUUGGCAUUUGCGCCACCUUGGCUGAGUUGGAGAUGAUCCGCCGCCUCGCCGAGCUGAUCGGUACUCGUGCCGCCCGCAUUUCUGCUUGCGGUAUUGCCGCCAUCUGCAAGAAGAAGCAGAUGCAGACUUGCCACGUCGGUGCUGAUGGCUCUGUCUUCACCAAGUACCCUCACUUCAAGGUCCGUGGAGCCCAGGCUCUGCGUGAGAUCUUGGACUGGGCUCCCCAGGACAAGGACAAGGUCGAGAUUCUGGCUGCUGAGGACGGCUCCGGUGUUGGUGCUGCCUUGAUUGCCGCCUUGACUCUGAAGCGUGUUAAGGCUGGUAACUUAGCUGGUAUCCGCAACGUGGAUACAAUGAACACUCUUCUUUGA